UCGCUCUCGGGGCUCAUCUAAGGAAAGGAAGAAUCAGGAGGCGAGGGAGGAGGAGUUUUCCUUGGCAAGGGCUCCUGCCCAAUAGGAAGCUUCCUCGGCUCUGACUGAUGGGCCCGAACACGAGUCCUGUUAGGGAUGUUUCUCUCCUAGCAAGAUGGGGUUAAUCCGAGAGUCCGGGAGCAGCAAGUUGGUGCGUCUUUCCUGACGCUCGCUCCGGACGAUCGGGGCAUUCCCUGGGACUGGAGCUUCUCCUGGGGGGCUGGCGAGUCUUGGCUCUUCCCCCGCCGCACAGCUAAGGGGUAUAAGCAGGAUCCGGAUGGCGUAAGCUGGGACGCGGCUGCGACUCGCAGUGUGCGUGCGCGUGCGGGGAAACGCGGACGAAAAAGUUGCAGCCCGUUUUCUCCCGCGGUGAUCUUCUGCUUUGACAGAUCUAUUGCGAGGUAACUCUUUCAUGUCAUCUUCAGUAAUUAUAUUUUCUCCAUACGUUGGCACAAAGAACUCCAAAGAAAGUUGAUUUGAGGAGCCCUGGUGUGGCAAAAAUGACUUCAAGUUGUGUCAUUCCAGUGUUUGCUUUGAUGAUUGGGUAUUUAACAUCUGCAGGUCCUGUGCCGACCAAUGAGUGUGUGUUGUCGCCUGUCAAUAGCUCUCACCCAGUUCAAGCCUUGCUUGAGAGCUUUACAGUCUUAUCAGGCUGCGCAAGCAAAGGGACUGCUGGAUUGCCAGAGGAAGUUCAUGUCCUCAAUCUCAGGAGCCCUGAAGAAGGCCUUGGCCAGUAUGAAAGAGAGGUCACAUUGCAUUUGAAUCCAAUUAUUUCCAUUCAUAUCCACCAGAAGCCAUUGGUAUUCUUACUGAACUCUCCUGUGCCCUUGGUAUGGAAGGUGAAAACAGAAAGACUUGCCCCAGGGAUUCAAAGAUUUUUCAUUGUUUCAGCAGGUUCCCUUGUGCUGUUUGAGAAAGAAAACUUCUCCUUGUCUGCAAAAAUAGAGGAAAACCCUCUCCCGCAAGGAAAUAAGCAUCUGUUACAGUGGGCCCAAAAGGAAUAUGGGGCAGUAACAUCUUUCACUGAACUCAAAAUAUCCAGAAACAUUUACAUCAAAGUGGGUGAAGAUCAAUUUUUUCCUCCAACAUGCAUUAUAGAGAAGAACUUUAUUUCUCUGAACUACCUUGCGGGAUACCUCCAACCAAAGGCAGCAGAAGGUUGCAUUGUCUCCAGCAUGGGCGAAGAAAGAGAAGUUCACAUCAUUGAACUAAUCACACCAGACUCUAACCCAUAUAGUGCUUUCCAGGUGGAUAUCAUCAUUGACAUUAGACCAUCUCGGCCAGACACCACACUUGUCAGAGAUCUUGUACUUGUCCUCAAGUGCAGAAAGUCUGUCAACUGGGUCAUCAAGUCACAUGACGUGAAGGGGAAACUGGAAGCAGUUGCAGCAAACAGUGUUGGCUUUGGAAAGGAGAGUGAACGCUCUAUGGUGAUGACUAAAACCAUAUUUUCUGACAUUCCCUCCUCUCAUGAGAGUUUGAUUGUGUGGGCUUAUGACCAUGGCUACCUUCCAGUUACUUCCUAUACAAAAGCACCUGUUGCUAAUAGGUUCCAUCUACGGCUCGAGGACACUGAAGAAAUGAAAGAUGAGGAGGAGGAUUUCCUUCCACCAGAACUGAAAGAGCUGCUGCGCGGCGUUAACCCACUGCCUGCUCCAAUCCCACCCUUGAGUGAAGGCGUUAGAUUUGACUUCCAUUUUAAUAGAGAUCGCGAAGGAGCCUUGCCAUCAACAGAUGCGGUGGACACAAUUAUGACCAAUCAUGAUUUUGAGCAACUUCUCCCAAAAGUCCAAGAACCAGAAGAAGUUCAGGGUAGUGUUCAUGUUGCCUUGACAGUAAAAUGUGAUGACACAUCAAUGACUGUAGCUGUAGCAAAAGACUCACUGGAGGCUAGCGGUUACAUUGGGACACAACUCUCUUUGCUGGAUCCUAAAUGUAGAGCUAAGACAAACAAGACCCAUUUUAUAUUGGAGUCAUCGCCGCAUGAUUGUGGGACUCAGCAGAUAGCCUAUGCCUUGGAUAACGUGUAUCUGAACUCUAUUGUCAUCCAUCUUUCGUCACCAAUUGAAACCAGCGGUUGGGCAGUUGAUUAUGAAGACAUGGAAUCAGGGGAUAAUGGAUUUGCUGGUGACACUGAUGAAACAGACUUUAUAUUUUCCAGCCGGACUGAAAUUGUUCGGUUCAAUUGCACAUUCCAUCAGAUGAAAGCUCCUAAAUCUCCUAUGUACUGGCCAACUGAAACACGCAUUGGCAAUGUGACCUUUGGCAUGGAACUUUACGAAACAGGCCUCUUCCAUACCCCAACCCAAGGAUUCUUCUCUGUUGCAGAGAACAGCCAGAUUUUUGUUGAGAUAUCUAUGACCAAGGCUGAAAGAUCCCUGGGCUUUGCAAUCCAAACUUGCUUUAUUUCUCCACAUUCAUACCCUGAUAAGAUGUCAGAGUACACAGUUAUUGAAAAUAUUUGUCCCAAAGAUGAAUCUGUAAAGUUCUACAAUAUCCCAGCUAAUUUUCCAACACAAAAUGCACAAACGGACAAAAAGAGGUUUAGCUUUAUGUUCAAAUCCAUAUUCAACACCUCCCUUCUCUUUCUUCACUGUGAGGUGACUUUAUGCACAAAGAAAGAAAAAGGUGCUCAAGGACUGGCCAAGUGCAUCCCUCCUGAUGAAGCUUGCACCUUUCUCAAUGUUGAUAUGAUCCUAGCAAUGAUGCAGAAUAAGAAAACCUUCACCAAACCCCUUGCUGUGAUAUCUCCUAACGGGAAGCUGGAAGAUAAAUCUCCUUCCUACUCAAAACCUCCUGAAGGAUUACCACCUGUCUUCUAUGGCCUGGACACUAUGACAGUUGUGGGCAUUGCCUUUGCUGCCUUUGUGAUUGGUGCACUGCUGACAGGAGCAUUAUGGUUUAUCUAUUCCCACACAGGAGAACCGGCAGCAAGACAGCAGGUACCCCCAUCUCCACCAGCCUCAGAAAACAGCAGUGCAGCCCACAGUAUCGGCAGCACACAAAGCACCCCGUGUUCCAGCAGCAGCACAGCCUAACCCAGGGGGUGGGGAUGCAAGUCCACAGAACAACAUAGGAGAUCUGAGGUUCAAAAGGAGCUGUUUGUUGUCAUUUGCUUUGAAAGGAUUUAUUUGGAUUCUUUGGCAAAAUGAGGAAGGAUUUCCUUAGUGGGUUUUUCCCCCCUGAAUGAACAUGGUCCUUGAACCUCUUGCAGCAUUCUAGGCUAACACAUGACAAAGCUACUAUUUAUAUACAGCUGUGGAUUGUGUAAAAAGGUCCACAGGCUCUCAAUGUAAAACACAAGCUAGUUAGUUCCCUCCCCACCCCAUAAAUGCUGCUUUGUCUCUCCAGAAUCAUAGUGCUGAGUUCCACAAAUGUCAAGGAGACACAAGGUGUGUCUGUAAAGGGAUUUCAGUCACAUAAGCUGGGGAAAAUAUUCUCCCCCCCCCCUUUUCCCAUCUCUUGAUCAGGGGAUUCCAUCUCAUCAGAACAAGAAGAUUUCAAACACAGUGCUGCACAUUUGCCAUUUUACAGUAUCUGUUGAUUAUUUGUAUGGUUUUUGAGCUUAACUUGGUGCAGCUUUUUGCCCACUGUCAUGUUGUCUGCCACUUAGGGGGGGGGGUUGCAUUUCCUGCUUUAGCAAGCAGAAACUAAAGCAACAUUUCCAUAUAUAACUGUGGGUAAAAAAAGUGUUAACUGUUUUUAAUGACUUCCAUAUACAUUCAUCCAUCCAAAAGCCAGCUUGCAUACAUAAUGCAACACUUAGUGCUGUUUCCAUUUUUUUUCUUAAUGAGAACUACCAAUUUUUGUUUUGGACCUAAUUGUUAGUCUUAUCUGUUUACCCAAAAGGCCUUUACAGUACAGUAUCUACCACCUGCUACAUGUAGGCUACCAAUUUACAUUCAAAGCCACAGAGGCUUUUUUCUCAUGCAUUGUAGCACUAAUGAAUGCAUGCAGCUCCUGCACAUACAACAGCUUUCUUAUUUGCUGUAGUGCUAAGGCACAGCUUCCUAUUGAGCAUUUCCAAUGUAUGUACAGAAUGCCCCCCAAAUUACAGUGAAUGAGGCAACCCUGUGUUUGCCACAAGUGGUAAUCCAUACUGAAAAAAACCAUGGAACUGUAAUCUGGGGUUAAUUCAUGGACUAUAACACCACAUGUGCAUGGUUAGCACUUGUGUGUUCAAAGGUGGGGUUAUGUUAUGGACCAGUCUUGAACCUUUGGCACACUUGAAUAUAUUUCUGCCAAUGUGGACCUGGCAGAAAAUUUUAAAAAUGUAGAAAACAAAAUGAUGGCUGAGACAAGCUUUGCUUUUUGACCAAUAUUUUGUGUGCUAUCUGUUGUAGUAUGGAUAGUUUAAUUUUUUUACUCAAGGUGAUCUAGAAGCCCACUUUUCUAGACUUGCCUAUGGAGUGCAACCAUUUCUAGAUGUGACAUGGGGAUAUCCAAGUGCCUGCAUUUUAGGAGUGCUCCACAACAUAUACAUAGAUAUCACUGCCUUUGUAAAUUUAGACCACUAUUUAAAAAAAUUGAUUCGCUCACAGGAAUGCUUAUAUUAUCUACAGCUAGCUUUUUGUUGUUGAAAAUUAUUAAGUCAGACCUUCAUUCCUUGCCAUUCCAACAUUUCCACAAUUGUAUGGUGAUUUUUUUAAGUGUUGAGGAGAAACUAUAGAGCUAAUUGUUCUGUAUGACUCACCAUGGAUAGGAAUGAAAGGAUUCCUUAAAAGCCCCUCUAUGUUUUGUAUCCAACUGCUAGUUAGUCAUUACAACAUUGUAAUUGGAUGUACCCCAAAGUAGCAUUUGGAAUGCACAAAAGAGCAAGCCGGUACUAAUUUUCAUAAUAUUUUUUAGAACUCCUGCCUCCCACUAGUCUUAAAAUACCUCCCAAAUGAAAACCAAAGGCUUUGAUUUGAAACUGUAGGAAUAUUAAGUUGUCACCUUGUGAGCUGAAAUGGGGUCUCUUGACAUUUAUUCCACUUUAAACAGUCAUGGCUUCCCCCAUGGGAAGUGUAGUUUGCAAAAGAUGCUGAGAAUUGCUAGGAGACUGUUAUUCGCCUCACAGAGAUCCAGUUCCCAGACUCUGGCCAUUGGAACUCUGUCAAGGGAACAGGAGCCUCAAAAAACAUUCAGCACCCUUCACAAACUACACUUCCCAGGAUUCUUUGGGGGAAGCCAUUACUAGUUAAAGUGGAAUAACUGUCUGGUGUGGAUGUGGCAUAAAAUAAGAGAUACUAUCCCUUUGCAGACUAGCACGAGUGCAGUUUGCAUAACCUUCAAUGAAGGUUGAGCUUUAUUUUUUGCCUUGCUAUGACAGAAAUUCUGUGAUAGCAAUAUGUUCAGCUUGCAGAAUUCUACUGCAGAGUCAAGUUGUGUGGCUUCAAUUCAAUCAGUGUCCCCAGUUUAUAUUCAUAUGUAUGGAUGAUUCAGACCAGAAUGAAUAUGACAGUUACAUGCGAUUUGGACAAGAAAACAGUUGCUAUAUUCAAUUAGGUGUUUAAUGGUAUGAACGAAGUCCUCUAAACACUUCCCCAGUUCAGGCCAAUCCCCUGGGCUGGCUAGUUCAGAUCUAACUGUAUUACAACUGCAAAGGGUAUCAAGGAAGGGCAAAGGGGCAGAAUGUGCUUCAUUAUUUAAUUGUUUUUUGUUUGAUGAGAGCCAGCAAUUUACUACAGCCUCAGCCUCCCCCCUCCAAAAAUACCCCUUGUGCUGUUCUUAUAACAUAAACCAGCGAGAUGGCACAACUAGAGUUGUCCGCUGACCAGAAAAAAUCCCAUCGAACAACUCUGGCCUGUUGCCGUCUUGGUAAGCAGACAUAAGCAGGUAAAUAUUUUCACAUCAUGGAGAUGAACAUAAGCACCUGCUAAUUGUUGCAUAUCAUACCAUAUCAAUGGGCAACUCCAGAGGCUGAUUCAAAAGUCAGCAGCCCUAGACAGAGCACAGGACCAGUUCCUCUGUUGUUUUUCACCCUAACCACCCUUUUAGCCCAUUGUCUUUUAUACUGGCAAAGGGAACAAAAGUUCACAUGCACUUGUGCAGCAGCCAACAGAUAUGAGGAUCUUAGCUGAUCUGGAAUGUAUCAAAAAUAAAUCUGAAUUACUUACAUAAGUAAACUAUUGUCACGCUCAAGUGUUUGCAGGAUUGGGUUAGUGGGUAUGUGGACAACCUGUGUAUUUAAAAAUAAUGCGCUUUGCCUAACCUUCAGCUGAAUGUAUUACAUAAUCAUAUUCUAUGUAUGAAAAAUUUUAAAAUGUCUUCAAAGAAGACUAGAGUCUUUAAGUCAAUCAUAGCUAUAUUUUACUAUAUUAAAUGUCGGCAUAUAUAUAUAAAUAUAUAUAUUUAAAUAUGUGGCUAUAUGUAAGAUGUUUAAUUUCAGUUACUGUGAAUUCUACAGUUUUAUACACUCUUUCUUUUCCCUUUUCUAACUCUUUCCAUACAGAUUUUUUUUAAGUAGAGAUCUUAUUGGAAAUAUUAUAAACUUGGUUGUUGGAAUGAAAGAUUAAAAUUUUAUAUGUAAAAUAAUUAAAUGUAUAUUUUUGAGAGAGAGAGAUGCUGCAUUAUCAAUAUUUCUAUCAAAAAUGUACUCUAAAAAUCUAGAUUUAUAUUUACAGGCAUAUAAAACCAAAAUGGGCAAUAUUACAAGUAGACAAGUGACAUUUUUCUAGGCUUAUAUUCACAAUUAAAAUAUAAUUGUUUGACCUUGAUGCACUUAAUUAGGAAUACUUCAGAAUGCUCACUUUAUUAUAUACUGACUGUCUUAUACAUACUUUAUUAACAGUCUGAGUUAGUGGAAAAUUUAUAUUGGUUAAUUGACAGUAGAGCAAAUGCCAGAUACAAAUGAUGCCCAUAAAAAUACUCAGGUUGACUACACAGUUCUUUAAGUUGCCUUGAUCCAGAGAUGUGCAUGCACUAGGAUGCAUACACGCAUCACUUGUUCCCAUGGGCUGGGAACAAUUAAAGUGGAGGAACCAAAGCCAUGUGUGGACUGGAUUCAUUCCCUGAAAUUAAUAGGAAGCUCUUGUGGAUGACUGCAUUGAAGCUUCUGUGCCCAACACUGGAUCAGAGUGCAGACCUCAAACCCAUUUAGUUCAGAGUAUUGCUGUUUGUUCUAACAUGAUCUGUAAAAGUUCUGAGAUUAGCAAUAGUAGAGAAUUGAGUGACUGCUUUCAUAAACCAGGGAAUUUCUAAUCAGAUAGAUUUGUCACAAGAUUGGACAAUGUUUUCCAAAGCCAUUGAAGACUGUACUUCUGCUACAAAUGUAAGCUCUACAUUUUUAAGUCAUGUAUUAUUUACAGCAAGCUACUUUCAUGUUUAAUGUUGUGUACUAAUUCAUUUCAUGUUGUAUAGCAGUGUUUUUGAGAACUUUGCCUUGCCUCACUAACAAGUAAAAAAGCUGUGCAAGUGGCUAGUCUGGACCUUGAUGUUUGGAGUUUCCAAAUGGAAAUUUCUUCUGCUCUUACAUUUCAGAGGGGUUUUGUCAAAAACGUCCUGAAAGUCAAUCAUAUAUAAUGGCUUCUGUAUCACCCCUGUCUACAUGCUUUAGAAUUCAAAAUAAUUCUAAAAAGUUGGUUAAGCAGAACUUUCCUUUGCAGAAGCCAUACUGAUUCUUCUUUAACAAGGCUUGUUCUUCAGUAUGUUCAACAAUUUUAAUGUCAAUAUUAUUUUCUAACAAUUUAUUUGUAUAGGCUGACUGGUCUCUAUUUUCCUGGUUUCUCCCUCCCUGAUCCUUUUUUAAAAAUUCCUGUUACAUCAGAUACCUUCGAACGUUGAAGACUGAUCUUAAGAGAUUUUGAGACAUUGCCUCAAAGAUAAGACGUUGCACAUUUGAGUUUUUUAAAGACUCAUCCAGUGAAUGUUAAUUUGAAAUUUGUCAGCUUUAAAACAGUAGCCUUUGCCACCACUAUCUGCCAUAACCCUUCAGAUGCCCUCUCUGAAAGCAAUCCAGAUCUCACACAACACACUUUCUCAAUGAACACUGACAGAAGGAAUUCUUCCCAUUUCUCUCCUCCAUCAGUUUUCCUUUCAUAUUGUAUGGCAUUCCUGGUUCAUUUCAGAUAUAUUAACAGAUACGUUUAUUGGUUGUUUUUAUGUUAUAGCAAUUAGCUACUCAUAUUCUUUCUUUGCUUGCCUUAUCACCAACUUGCCUUUACACAAUCCUUACCAGUAUGAUGUAGUUCCCAUCACAUCAACUGCUAAAACUGGGAAGGCAGGAUUUAGGGUUACAAAAGAAAUAACUUUUCACUUGUCAGACUUCUUUCAGAAAUGUAUACUCUCCAGAGUACUUUGCUUGUUACGUCCAUAUAUUAUCUAAUCACUAGUGUUUGGCUUUCCAAAUAUUUUUGCAUCAAGCAGCUGUUACUUUACUGUCACAUGAAGUCAAAAUGUCAUGCAUUGUGUAGGGUUGACAGAGUUCUGUGUAUUGUUUUGAAAGAAGAUUGUAUGUUAAGAAAAAAAAUAGAUUGUUUAUGGUUGUGUGUGUUCUUGUCUUUUCUAUGACUUGCAUCUACCUCAUGCUUCAAAAGAAGACCCUACUGUUGAUUGUAAGUGCAACCUAAUGGGCGCUGCUGCUUGGCAUCUAAUUGUCCAUUUCAAAGGGGCUUGUGUGGUGCUGCUGUACAGGGCCCAUUAGAAUGGAUGGAAGAUGCACAGUAGUAGCAUGCCCCGGUUUGCACCCUGUGUGAAUAUUGUGGGUUGUUGUUUUUUUAACAAAGCAACUGUUCUGUUUUGUUUGUCAUAUCUGGGGUGUUCAUAAAGCAACUGAAUCGCUAUCUGAAGUCUACCAUUUCCAAAACACAAUACUUUUUAUAUAUAUAUAUAUAAAAUGAGCCUAAUCUCCUGCAUGUUUUUAACUGUGUGGGAGAAUGCCUGCUUAAUCCCUGUGGCCAGUUUGAACACCCCAUUUGUAUUUGUUUCUGUAGUUCACGUAUUUUCAAAAAACACAAAAAAACUAUAAUUGUACAGUUUUGAUAAUACCCAUGUCAUGUUACAUUGAAUCCUCUCUGCUUAAUAAAGAUGUAUCA